AAAUUUUCAGACAAAACGGGUCAUUAUCAUGGACAGCGGACGACGAAGCCGUAGUGGAUCGAGAGAUAGAGAUAGUAGACGCAGACAUAAGAAGCAUAGACACAAGCGUCGAUCCCGUACACGGAGCCGCAGUAGAUCAUACGAACGGAAUGGAACGGCUGGAAUUCAUAUUAAUCCAGCUUUUGGACUCCCGCCUGGAACCGUACAACCACAACCAAUGGGCUACUCGGCGUCACAGCUUUUGCAGACGAAUAAUAUGUUGGAAGCCGAAAUUCAUCGGCUGAAAGCCGCGUUGAACGCCGCGCAAGGCGGUCAACAAAUUGAAGCUCAGCGGUGUCAAAUGCUCCAACAAGAAUUGCGAAAUGCUCAAAUCCAACGAGAUCAAGCCAACAAACGAUGUAACGAGAUAAUGUCCGAGAGGAGAAUGAUGAAUGAUUCGAAAGUUGAAAUGGCAAAUCGAAUUAAUGGACUAGAAGUGGCGAAUCGGAUGCUCCGAGAUGAUGUUACCCAGGCGAGAAAUGCGACGGAAGCUAAAGAGGAGGAAAUCCGAGCAAUAACGUAUCAAUCAGAAAUUGUUCGCCAACAAAUCAACGCUCUGAACGAACGAAAUGCGGCGCUCAAGACGAAAUGCGAGACGGUAGUGGCGCAAAAUCGUCAGCAGCAUGAAGAAAUGGAAGCCCGUCAAAAGUUCGUGCAAGGUGCUCAGUUAAAUGUGAAGAAGGCGGAGGCGGAUUUGCAAUUGGCCAAUGCAGAAAUUCAACGUCUGCUCCGAGAACUUGACAGCUCUCAGCAGCUCGAGAAUUCGAGCAUCACUGACAAAAGAAAUAUCGAAGAAGAGCUCAUCCGGAAAGAAGAUGAGAUCAGAUUGGCAAACUACAAAUCAGCAACCUUAUUAAAAGCGGCAAAUGAUAAAAUCGAAAAACUCGAGUUACGAUUGAAACAAGAAAAACCGGCGGUGCACAAUGAGAUGACUGUGGAAACAAUAUACAUUGCCAUAGAGACUAUCAAAACGACGUACGAGAAGCAGCUGUCCAGAAUGGAAGAAGAAAUUGAGCAUUUGAAAGCUGAAAAGUUGAAGCAGGAGCAGCAACAAAUAAUGAUGGAGGAAGAGGAGGAUGCAGUGGUUCAGAAUCUCGAGGAACUUCCAGCCUAUCUGAAGACUCCAAUGAGGCCGGAUCCAACGAAGAUGGAAGGUCUUAAAAAGACUAUUCAAGUGAAGAUCAGGCUUGAUGAAGAGCCCGAACGCCCGGCUCGGCCGGCUAGUGGACCGCCCGUAGAUUCACCUGUGACGUGGCAUCAGAGAAAGCCGUUCGAACGGCUCCCAGCGAUGGUUGUGCCGCUUUUUGGGACAACUGAAGCACCAUCAACAGGACCCGGACCAUCCAUUUCAUCCGAAGAUCUCAUCACUUCCUCGACAAUCGAAUCAACGUCCGAUGAAAUUAGCAUUGCCGCCUGCAAUCAGUUCUCUGAGGAGGAUCUGCUGCUCGCCGAGCCAACUGAUAUGAUAUCACCGAGUCAACUAUUGGAUCUCGAUGAGCAGACUCUGCUUGGUGGAGAAUAAUUUAUAUUUGUAUUACGGGGCUUUAAAAUUGCUUCAAAAUUCCCAAAAUAGUCUGAAAAUAUUUUUUUUGUUUGGAAAAAAAAUCCGAAUUCAUUUUUCCGAAUUUUUUUCCCGAAUUAUGCUGAACAGCUCCCGCCGCAGAUUAGCAAAAUUAUCAACACUUCCCUUUUUAACAAUUUUUGAUGAUUUUCAUACUAUUUUCGGGAGUUUUUUAAAAGCAAAAUCCCGUCCCCCGCACCCAAUUUUUAAAAUAUUCAUUCCCUCGUUCCCCCGAUCUGAAUUUGUUUUACGGUUCUCCGUGCGUGUGUAUGUGUCAAUUUUAAUAGUAAUUUUGAAUCAAUAAAGUUUUAUUAUAAUAAAAAUUCCCUCAACA